UGUUUGAAUUUUCUUAUGCAAAAUGAUACAGGCAUCGCAGUGUCUGUCAGUCCGUCAAUAAAAAAGGGUAACAUCUUAUGUAAAAAAUUACAGUAAACUAUAUCCUCAUCGUCAACUCACGGUGCACUGUUGUUUUGAUACUAACGGAUUUUUGCAAUGAGUUUGAAUUGGUUUUUAGCUUGCUUUGGAUUUAGAUGAUUUUCAGCUGUCAGAGCUGUCAAGCGCUGGCUAAACAAAAGCGCGACUGUCACUGUUUUAGAACAGAAACAUUCUAGAAGGUCCGGAACACCGAAAACCCAUUUUCGCGAGCGUUCUACAGAUAAAUCACAGAAAUUGUGUUCAAAUCGCAGAAAGUGUGUUCAAAGACUGCACCGUUUGCAAGUGAUCGAUCGAGCGAAAAACAUAAAACAGCCUCGACAUGGUUGAUUAUAGCAGAUGGAAGGAUAUUGAGAUUUCCGACGAUGAAGACGAUACGCAUCCCAACAUCGACACACCCUCGCUGUUUCGCUGGCGGCAUCAGGCUCGCGUCGAGCGGAUGCAGGAGCAGGAGAAGAAAAAGGAAACGAUAACUAUUAAGAAAAAGACUACGGAGGAGAAACUGCACGAAGCCAAGGAGAAGCUGCAGCGCAACGAGGGCAAUCUGGACGAGUUGAAGAAGAGCAUUGAGGAGCUGGAGCGUGAGCAGGAGCGGGUGAAGCAGGAAGAGGAGGAACUGCGCAAGAAGGAGAAGAUGCAACCGUGGAACGUGGACACGAUCAGCAAGCCCGGCUUUCAGAAGACCGUCAUUAACAAAAGUGCCAUCAAUCGGAAGCCGCAGGAGCUGAGCGAAGAGCAGAAGGAGCUGAAUUUGCGCGAGUUCAUCAAAAAGUACGAGAAGCAGCUGAAGCAGUAUGGUAUGUUGCGCAAGUACGAUGAUUCCAAGAAGUUCCUGCUGGACAACCAUCAUCUGGCGUGCGAGGACACGGCGAACUAUCUGGUGAUCUGGUGUAUCGAGCUCGAGAUGCAGGAGAAACACGAACUGGUGGCUCACGUCGCUCACCAGUGCAUAUGCAUGCAGUACAUUCUGGACAUUUCCAAGCAGCUGGACGUUGAUCCGCGGGCCUGCGUUGGUUCGUUCUUCCAGCGCAUCCAGGAAACGGAUAACGAGUAUAAGAAAGCGUUUUUGGAUGAAAUUGAAGCGUUUAAGGAGCGCAUUCGCAAGCGGGCUCAGGAAAAGCUCCAGAAGCUGGUUGAGGAGCAGGAGGAGGAAGAAAAGAAGGCACGACUAGGGCCGGGUGGGUUGGAUCCGGUCGAGGUGUUCGAAUCGUUGCCCGAGGAGCUGCAGAAGUGCUUCGAAACGAGAGACAUCGGUAUGCUGCAAGAGGCAAUGGCCAAGCUGCCACCGGAGGAAGCUCGCCAUCACCUACAGCGGUGCAUCGACUCAGGAUUGUGGGUACCGGAUGCCAAGAGUGCGGCUGCUGCAACGUCGGGCAGUGGCGCUGAUACGAAGGAUGGCGAAGAGCCCGUCUAUGUGCACGUGAAGCCCAAAGAUAGUGUCGAGGAUUCCAAGGAUGCCGAGGAGAAGCAGGACGAAGGCAAAUCGAAAGAAUGAAUAGUUCCCGAAAAAUUGAAGAAGAGAAAUGUUCCAAAAUUUGUAGAGCCAAGUGAUUAGCGACGUCCUUUUUUAACCGUGAGGAUUCUUCUGUUGGACAUUUUUGAAUUGUUCGAAUUAUACUUUUUUUUUGUAAAUUAACAUCCGCAUCUCAUUCGCAUAACAGUUGUAAAGAUUUUGCCAUUAAAAUCAUCUAUAAAAACGGACGUCGAGAUUAAGAUUGUCCUCGUGUACGAGUGGCUAAGUAGAAUGCGUAAGAAUGACCGCUUUUGGAACCUUUCUCAGUGUGAAUCUAGCACAAUUUCUGUGUCUAUUUCAUUGCGUCGUAGCGUAAGCAACGAAUCUUGUUUCUGUCGUCUGUCUUGGCAAAUCAUUAUGUCCCCGAGGGGGGGAGUGUGGAAGACAGAUAGCAAAACCCUGCCGCUGACUGUAAACAAAAACCUACGGUAUUAGUCGCCAAGUGCUACGGUGUUAGUGAGCCACCGAGCCGAUCAAUGCCUGUCCGAUUAAAACAUCUUUAAUAAAGUUACUUUUCUGUAAGAUAUUGUAAAACUCGCUGAACUUAGUUAUCGUAAAGAUUAUCGGCCCUUUUGCAGGGU